GUAUGUUGCAUUGAAAACCCUGAAGAAUCUCCAGCGGACCAGCGCCAUUUCAUCGCCCAUGCCCAUGCCCUCGCCCUCAGCCUCAGCCUGGGAAUCGAUCAGAAGUCAAGCAGUCAAGCUAGCGCUCCUCAGAUUCAUAUUUUCUAGAUCUGGCCCCACGAAUCAGUCGGCCAUCUGCUCCUUCUUGUCAUAUCAAUACAGUUAUACAGUUGUUUUAGUGUAUGAAUUGUUUAUGGAGGCUUUUCGGAGCAUGUAAAGCUCAGGGGUCGUUAACUCAAUUGCAUUGCCAUUUGAUAAAAACUGGGUUAAUUCAAGAUGUUACCUUUGUUGCAAAGCUAUCUGAUUUCUAUACUACAUUUGAACUUUUCGAAAAUGCGCUCAAAUUGGUCGACGAAAUUCCUAGUAGAAGUGUAUACAUAUGGAACCGCAUCCUUCAGCGUUGUUGCAGGGAAAAACGAUUUGAAGAAGCAUUAUCUAUCUUUUCUUAUUUGUUUUCUUGUGAAAAGCCUGAUUCUUUUACUGUGGGUAGUGCAUUGAAGGCGUGUUCUGGACUAAGGGCAGUUAAUUUCGGCAAAACGAUUCAUUCGUUAAUUAAGAAACAUGAUAUGCUUGAUUCAAAUUUGUUUAUUGGGUCAGGCCUUAUUGAAUUUUAUUCCAAGUGUGGAAAAAUGGGCGAGGCUCUACGAGUUUUUGAGGAAUACCGCAAUCCAGAUAUUGUUUUGUGGACUGCACUGGUCUCUGGGUAUGAGCAAAACGGUGAGCCUGAGAGAUCGCUAACUACUUUUGCUGAAUUAAUGAUGUCUGAUGGUGUUAGCCCUGACAAUGUAGCCCUUGUUAGUGUUGUUUCUGCUUGUACUCAGUUGUUCAAUAUGAAUGCUGGAAGGAGUAUUCAUGGGUUUGCAAUUAGAAGAUGCUUUGAUAUAUACCUGCCAUUGUUGAAUGCUUUUUUGAACUUAUAUGCAAAGACUGGGGAUAUCCUUGCUGCAGAAAAUUUGUUUAGUGUGAUGGAAGAGAAAGAUGUGAUAUCAUGGGGCUCUAUGAUCUCAUGCUAUGCACACAACGGGGCUGCUAACAAGGCACUUGGUCUUUUUAAUGAGAUGAUCCUUAGGGGAGUUGAGCCCAACUCGGCUAGUUUUAUCAGUUCUUUGCAAGCAUGUGAAGCUGCUGGGAAUUUAGUGGAGGGGAGAAAGAUACACGAACUUGCAGUUCUUAAAGGAUUUGGGUUCGAUAUCUUGGUAUCCACAGCUUUGAUUGAGAUGUACAUGAACUGCAGCUGCCCGAGGGAAGCAAUCAUGGUUUUUGAGGAAAUGCGAAAUAGAGAUGCUGUUUCUUGGUUUGCUGUGCUACACGGGUGUGUUAAGAAUGGAAUGACACACAAGUCGAUGGUAAUUUUUCAUGAUAUGUUGGCUCGUGGAAUCCAGCCCGAUGCCAAUGUCAUGGUUAAACUUUUGACAGCUUGUUCGGAGUUGGGUGUUCUUCAACAAGUUUGUUGUCUUCACAGUCGUGUAAUUAGAAGUGGGUUCGACAAUAAUUCCUUUGUUCGGGCAUCGCUUAUAGAAUGCUAUGCAAAAUGUGGUAGCUUGGGCGAUGCCAUCAACGUCUUCGAGGAAAUAAACGAUAGAGAUGUUGUCAUUUGGAGUUCUAUGCUUGCAGCUUAUGGAAUUCAUGGGCAAGCGAGGGAAUCGAUCAAUUUAUUUUCGGAAAUGGUUACAAGUUCCGUAAAUAGGCCCAAUAACGUUACCUUUCUCUCGAUCUUAGCUGCUUGUAGCCAUGCUGGUCUAGUUAAGGAGGGCAUCGAAUUCUUUAAUACAAUGGUGGAUCACUAUCACUUGAUGCCGGAGUCGAAGCAUUAUUCCGCAUUGGUUGAUCUGCUGGGACGAACCGGGGAAUUGGACAAGUCCAUUAGUGUCAUCAAUCAAAUGGAAAAUCGGAUCGGAGCUGAUGUAUGGGGAGCAUUGCUCGGUGCCUCUAGGAUACAUCAUAAUUCGGAGAUAGGAGAGAAUGCUGCGAGAAAUCUUUUCCAGUUGGAUCCCGAUAACAUGGGAUAUCACGUUCUGUUAUCGAAUAUUUAUGCAGUUGAUGGGAAAUGGGAUGAUGCUAGUGAAUUGAGAUCUUCAAUUAAAGACAGAGGGCUGAAAAAGAUACCUGGUGAAAGUGUUGUGUUGUUGAAUUGAGGAGUAAAGUACAUUGCUUCAUAGCUGAUAAUCUCAGUGGCAGUUUGCUGGAUUGGCUGCAAAUCACUCUUAUAUUUCAAGGAAGAACAACUCCGGUUAGGUAACAUCCUUUAUCAAUAUUCAUAUUUGUUGAGAGUCACACACGGAAAAAAUAAGAGAGAGAAUAUGAGUUUAUAAUGUCAUGAUUUAGACUAGCUAAUUGACAAUCAUUAUACUGUGGAUCAGGGUCUAUUGUCCUAAAUGAUGCAGUUUUGAAUUUUAAA